UGGUCCUCAUUAAGAUAUUGUCUGAAGGUUGGUCGCCACUGACAAUGUUUAGAGCCUUAUUACACAAAACUGCUUGGAGUAUGGACGGUUCCUGCUGUUAGGGAUUUUAACGAGAGGGGAUUUCUAUUGAAAAAAGGACAAAAAAUACAUCGAGUUUGUAAAACAGACGACAAAUAGACUGGACACAAUGAAUAACACGAACACAAGUGACACACGACGUACAUCCGGGAUAUUUUGGUGCGCGGCUUUUACACUCGAAGCAACCUGCAUCAUCAUCACAAACUCCUUCACCAUAGCAACCUUCUACGUCAACAAACACUUGCGCAAGCGCAGUACAUAUCUUCUAAUAAACCUAUCCGUUGCUGAUCUACUAGUGGGCAUGCUCCCACUACCGCUGUACAGCUACUUCUUAGGUGUCGUGGUCGAAUCACCGUCUGAACUGCCUUCACUCUACCACAGCAUUGUGUACAGCAUCUAUCACUACCUCGAUAUCUUUACCGGCUUGGCUUCCAUUACAAGUCUGGCGUUUAUAUCUCUUGAGCGCAUGCGCGCUACMGUSUAYCCAUUACGUCAUCGUGGAACGCCRUUUCGUAUCUACAUCUGUGUUGUCAUGACAAUAUGGCUGUUGACUGGAUGUGUAGCGGCACUAGCUACAUACUUUAACAGCCAUUACGACAAGUACGCAUUAUAUGCGGCAUGGCUAGCGUUUUCCUUCCUSUUGACAUCACUUCUCGUCAUUAUUACAUCGUAUAGUAUUGUAUUCGCUAACUUUAGAGCUUGUAAAGGCAGAAGUAUCCGCGCCAGGCGCCCAUUGGGCCACUUCAAAAACAAGAAACUUGCGAAAACGCUGUUCAUCGUGUCAGCGGCUUCACUACUCACGUGGUCUCCGUUUGUGAUAAUAACGGGGAUUCAUUAUUACAGCAUAGCGCACUUCAGCGAAACUGUACURUACGUAACGAAGCUACUACAUUAUAUAAACUCAUUAAUAAACACACUCAUUUAUGCAAGAAGAAUGCCUGAGUUUAGGGUCGCUCUUACGGAGCUUGUGUGUCGGUGUUCGCGGAUAAAGUUUGGGAAAAAAUACAAGAGCACAACUACGUCACUGUCUAUGAGCAAYAUUGGGAACCCUGUGUUGUUCGGACUACGUCAUCAGGAGGAAAAKGGGUUAUUGUUUGUGAACAAUCGCCGAUUGGUGCAAUCAUAUUGACAGGCCUGAGAAAAAAUAUAUAUCGUGUAUAUGGAAUAAUUUAUUUUGAAACCAAAGGGGUAGCCUUCAAAUGAAAAAGAGUGCCAAGUCAUAUGUCAAAAUUAUUAUAACUUUUUUUCGCUAACAAAAAUUAUUUUCCUGACAUUGCAAAAAGAUAAACAAGCUGAAAAAGUACACUUUUUUGGGUGUUGCCAGAUUCUGCCUCGCUUUGGCGUGAAACCACAGGGCCCCCAAGUUAUAUGUGAAUAUUUUAUAGCAAUGUAGACAUCUUYAUGUACAUACAAGUAUACAAGCUAUCAAAAACAGUUGUCCUUAUUUGCCCACAAUGCAAUGCAAGAUGAGUGCCCACAAUGCAUCACGAGUUSAGUGAGUACCCACAAUGCCAAUCGGCUCAAAAUUGAYCAAGAMCUUGUAAAUAAUGUAAAACGGCUGCGUUGUAUUUGUUUAAAAUAAAGUA